CCUCAACCCCUGACCCCAUCCCGAGCUCUCGAUGUUACCACGAGCACCAGGACUCAAAUGAUCUUUUUCUGUGAGCUGAACGAAAAACAUUUAAGUGGGAAAUAUACUGGAAAACUUCUCAAGCAAGGAUCUCAGUAACUCCUGAAAAACACAGCAACAAUGCCAUCCACUGAGAAACUAGCACAUUUCUUAUCAAGUGCCUUUUUAAGCGCAGCUGGCGUGGCUGUAUUGGGCUAUGGGAUGUCUACAGACUGGGCAACAUCUACCCAGGCCUGCUCUCCAACUUCUUCAGAUAAUUAUAAUGGGACUUCAAAACUUAUAAUCGGUCUUUUCAAUGGCUCAGAGGUCAAAAUUUCCUGCCCAUUUUUUGAUACACUUGGACUACCAGUAGAAGUGUUUAAUCGUCUGGCAAAAAUGGGUGGAGCUCCAGUUGUACUACACAUUCUUGUUGUAGCACUUUUGGCUUUUGCUCUUUUGGGGUCAGCAGGAAGUAUUCUGAUCACAUUGUACAACAGCUUCAGUAAUCCAUAUGAGACCUAUAUGGGACCAAUAGGACUUUACGCCUGCAGUGGAUUCAGUGCGUGUGUGGCAUUCCUGGCACUAAUUCUGUACGUGGUGAACAUCUACCCGGUUCAGAUGUUUCAGACGCUGGUGUUAGCUGAAAACAGCGACGUGAACUUGAAGCAAAGUAAGGCAGAUCUUCAGGUCGGGUUCUUUCUCCUGAUACCGUACAUUGGCACCAACCUGAUCUCUAUAGUAUUGGUGUAUCUGUAUGUCCACACUGCAUACAAACGGCGCAAACAGCAGGAAAAACCAACCGAGGAUGCACCCAAAGACAUCAUGCUGUUCUAACUUAAGCAAAAUGACACAAUUUCUUAUGUUUUUCACUCACAGGAACAUCAUUUUAAAAUGUGGUGUAUUUGCUAUGACUAAUAAUUGUAUUAAUGUAUGUAUUAAUACAAUAUUAAUAUAAUAUAAAUUAAUGGGUAUAUACAGUGGCCCUAACAAGUGGACACUUAAAAAUAUGUCAUUUAAUUUGAUAAAAAGUAUCACCUGCUUAAACUUUUAUUUGGGGUAGGUGUGUAUGUGAAAUGUCUAUAUGUGAUAAAUAAAUGCAACUUGGGUGGUUUAAGUGUCAAAAUACUUUUUUUGAGGCCACUGUAUAUCUUUAUUUUUAUAUUUUAUUUUACAGUAAGUGUACUUACCUUGUACAUAUAUGGUUAAUAUGUUGUACUUACAGACAAAUGUGUGGUACUUACUUUUGAGUAUCUACAUGUUAAUUAAAUGGUAUCAUUACUGGUACAUAGUUAUUAUGCAACUCUAGGUUAAAAACAACCCAGCAUUUUUAGAGUGUACAAAUUAAUAUAAGUAUUUAGUACUUACAGGCAAGUGUGGGUUAAUGGCAAGUACUUAUAGUGUGUAUAUAUAUGCUCACUAAUAACAAACACGACUGUUCUUAGAAAUUGUAUGUACAUGGUAUAUUGUAUAUUCAUUUGUAGGUACAGUAAGUACAAAUCAAAAGUAAGUACCACACAUUUGUCUGUAAGUACAACAUAUUUACCAUAUAUGUACAAGGUGAGUACAAGUACUGUAAUAUAAAGUGCUACCUUUUCUACCUAUGUGGUAGGAAUGGUUGGUUUAUUGUACUCGAGAAUUCAGGAAUAUGUUUCGUAAAUGUCUUUACCUAUUUAAAAAUCUAGAAAUUAUGCAAAACUAGUUAUAUAUUACAAUGUUAUUUCUGUUAAGGCUUUAGAGUUUAAGAUGUAAUUCAUUUUUCUUGUUGCAGAGAUUUGCCACACUAAUAUCACACUAUUUAUCUUACAGCAUCAAAUCUAAAUAAGAGAAAAAUCUCAAAUCAUAUAUAAUCAAUGGCUGUUUUUUAUAAUAAUAAAUUGUUUAAUAUAUAUUGCACUUAUUUACUACAAAUAUUCUGUAAAUAUUAUUGUGACAAUAAAAGACAAUAAGGA